AUGAUCCAUCCAAAGAAACUUUCUCAAAUAGCCAAGAAGUGCCAGCGGAUGUUGGUGCCCAGAGCUGGUGCCCACCAGCGGCAGGCCUCAAAAAUGGACAACGACGAAUGCUGCUGCAGUACAACAUCAUGUGUGGUUGCCGAUGCGGGCCACUGCGUGAUGUACACCGCUGACGGGGCACGGUUCGAGGUCCCGCUAGUGUACCUUGGAACGGCGGUCAUCGCUGAGCUCUUGAGGAUGUCCGAGGAGGAGUUUGGCUUCACGAGCGGUGGUGAUGGAAGCAGGAUCACACUGCCCUGUGACUCCACGGUGAUGGACUAUGUCUUGUGCUUGGUCAGAAGAGAGGCCUCUGAGGAGGUCGAAAGGGCGUUCUUGAGCUCCAUUGCUGGGCACUGCCACAACUACAAUGCUAGCUGCAUGGCGCUGUCAAUGGAACUCACCCAUCAAUUUUCUCUUUGUACUUAG